AUGUACCACGCCCAACUUGCAAACGGGGAUACCUUUAUUAAAGGGAUAGAAAGUGCUCUUAAAGCCCUCGGAUCCCAACUCCAAGUAAACGCGGAUCCUAAAUCCACAAAAACCUCACUAGUCCAGCUCGUGCCGGUGACCGUUGCCCCGGGGGCAACCUCCAUGUUCACCAGCGCGAAACCAAAACAGGUGGAUAAAGCCUUAGGCAAAAACACAAACUGCUGGUGUGACGACACGUUCGGCCAGUAUGGAGCUGAUGCGGCAGGCUGCACCAAGGCGUGUGCCGGAAAUACGUCACAAACGUGUGGAGCCGAGAUGCGCAACGAGGUGUUUGCAACAGGAAAAGUUCCCGAUGCACCCUUCACAACAUGCGGGCCGGGGUCUCGUGGAAUAAUCGUUAAUAAAGUCUGCUACUAUCUGGGAGAGGACAAACGACAGUUCAUGGCAGCCCAGAGGGCAUGCGGCAUACUUGGAGGAAAUCUAGCUAGCAUCCGAUCACAAGAUAUUCAGGAUGCCAUCAGAUACUACGUGAGUCGGGGAAACGGUGACGUGUGGUUUGGUCUUAACGAUAUCAACGUAGAAGGGAAAUUUGAGUUUUUAGAUGGUACGGCUAUCACUGCAUAUUCCAACUUCAAAGAUGGUGCUCCUAAUGCAUGGUGGGACGGGCAGGACUAUGGAGUGUUGGAUGAAGAGGCGUUUUACAAGUGGGCUGAUAGGGGCUCUGAAGAAGAAUAUAGAUAUCUUUGCGAACUGCCAGUAUCAUCUUCAAUGGAUAUAGUGAGUUGUGGCGAGAACAAGCAAGGCCUUAAAUUUGGGUCAACUGGAAAUUGCUACGCUGUUAUAAACAAUGGUAUUCCACGUGAAGAUGCAGAGAACCAGUGCAAUUCCCGACAGGGGAUCAUUGCGCCAAUGACUGCUGAGACUACAAAAGAAAUUCUGUCUCACCUGUACGUGUUUGGACUAGAGAUCGACUACUGGGUAGGAGGAAGUGCGAACAGCAAAUAUGCUGAAUUAAUUUACCAAAAGGUAUUCCGAAUGGAAUAUAAGGAGGCUUUGGAUAAAAAUGGUGUUAUUUGUCUCAUUGAACCACUCUCUGUACAGAAGCCAUGUCCGACCGGCUGGAACCACAAACAGAAUGCUUGCUACCUUUACACUGGGAAGAAAGUUGUAUCAUACGGUUUAGCUGCAGCCUUGUGCAAUAGUGGAAGCACGAUGAUUGUGACAGUUGAAUCCAAGGAGGAGAACGAUUUUGUCUUUGACAUGGUUAAAAUCCACGAAGCUGGUUCAGCCACACAAAUUAUUUUGGGUGUGAUGUAUUCACCAUAUACGGACGCAUUCGAAUGGCUUAACAGAACACCCCUCGUUUACUCUGCGUGGGCGCAGGGUCACGGAAUAACGGGGCUGUCUAAAGGUAGAUGUGCCAAGAUUCGAUCGUCUGGCGACGACCACUUGUGGGAGAACACGCCAUGCGCAGACAACUCGCUUGCUGUGGUUUGCAAAACUAACAGCUUUAAUAAUUAGUCUCAUACUCUCAGUAAUUGAUUGUACCAGGUGGGCUUCCUGAUGGUUUUCUUUCAUGUACUUUCCUUUAAACUUAUUUUCGUGCUUAUAUCUAAAUUAAGGUUCAAGUACGUUAUCCUGGGUACACAUCGCAGCUAUAUGGGCUGUCUGUCCAGGACAUUGGGUUAGUCGUUAGUUGUUAGUUGUUAGUGGUUUUUGAAAGAGAAGAGGGUGUAUUGGUCUUACACCUUACCCAAUGAGUAGUUAAAACACGCGAACCCUGCACCUACCAGCCUUGUGUCCGAUGACGUAACAACGAAACCACCGAGGCCGGUAUUCAUGUAUUAAACAGUUUUUGACGUUAUUAUUUGUAGUUUAAUAAAAAAUAUUAUAUACGUCU